UGGCGCCGGAAUCAAACCGCGCCGCCCGCCCGCGACAUGUCCAAGAAAAAAGGUCUGAGUUUUGAAGAGAAGAGGGCCCGCAUGAUGGAGAUUUUUUUUGAAACAAAAGAUGUCUUCCAGUUGAAGGAUCUAGAGAAGAUUGCUCCAAAAGAAAAAGGGAUUACUUCGAUGUCAGUGAAAGAGAUUCUGCAGAGCCUUGUUGAUGAUGGCAUGGUGGACACUGAUAGAAUUGGAACUUCCAAUUAUUUCUGGGCUUUUCCAAGUAAAGCUCUUCAUGCCAGGAAGCGUAAAUUGGAGGAGUUAGAGUCUCAGUUUGCUGAAAGCAGUCAGAAAAAAGAGGCUUUAGAAAAAAGCAUUGAGAAAUCAAAAAUUGGACGUGAAGAUACUGCGGAUCGUGCAGCUCUGCUGAAGGAACUUGCUGCCCUUCGGCAGAAAAAAGAGCAGCUAAAGACAGAAAUAGACAAAUACAGGGAAUGUGAUCCAGACGUGGUUGAAGAGAUGCGCCAAACAAACCAAGUGGCCAAGGAGGCAGCCAACAGAUGGACUGAUAACAUCUUUUCAAUAAAGUCCUGGGCCAAGCGUAAAUUUGGAUUUGAAGAGAGCAGAAUAGAUAAAGGUUUUGGAAUCCCAGAAGAUUUGGAUUACAUUGAUUAGUGUUCAGUUGAUGGCUGACACAGUUGUAUAUAGUUUGUUAUAUAUUCAUACCUGCCAUUAAAAUGUGAAUCCUCUCCAAAAAGAUGGUCGCCCUUUAAUUUGCUGGUUUUGUUAAAGUUAAUAAAAUACUAAAAAUA